AUACUUCCUAUGAGAAGGCGUGCCGCCGUGGAUCCGCCCCCACCACGCCCAUUUUGGGCAGCAAACAACACCAGACGGAGCACAAUGCCACCUCGCGAUUCACCAACUUCUUUUCCAAAAAGUAAGUUUUAUUUGUACGGACCAAGUCGGUGACCAAGCUGGAGCGGACCAAGCGCGGUUCGGGCGGACUGAGGGGAUCCCGAUCGCACGAGAGCCUGCUGUCCAGUCAUGCCGUCAUGUCCACCAUAGAUCUCUCCUGCAAUGGGGCAGUGGGCGUGGCACCCGUGCACCAGUCCGUUUUGGGGCGACGUCACUGUUUCCAGGUGCGCGGCGGGCCGCGUGGCGAGCGUUACUACUCGUGCGGAUCGCGCCAGGAGCGUGACCUCUGGAUCUACUCGCUGCGCAAGUCGAUCGCCCCGAAUGCGGAGCACACCCGUCGCACGGACAACUCGCUGAAGAUGUGGGUCUACGAGGCAAAGAAUCUGCCGCCAAAGAAGCGAUACUUCUGCGAACUGCAGCUGGACAAGACGCUGUACGGGCGGACUUCGGUGAAGCUGCAGACGGAUCUGUUGUUUUGGGGCGAGCACUUCGACUUCCCCGACAUACCCGAGAUCAAUGUGAUCAAUGUGAAUGUGUUCCGUGAGGUGGACAAGAAGAAGAAGCGGGACAAGUACCAGUUUGUGGGCUCGGUGACGAUACCGGUGCGCGACGUGACCUCCAGACUGCCCUGCGAGCACUGGCAUCCCAUACUGAGCGAAAAGGCGGGCGAUAGUCUGGGCCGGACGUCGGGCGGCGGCGGAAGUGGCUCCGGCAAGGACAAGGACCAGCUGCCCACGCUGAGGAUCAAGUGCCGGUUCCAGAGCACCGAGAUCCUGCCCAUCAAUGUGUAUGGCAACUUCUUGGCCUAUCUGAAGGAGAACUACAAGCGCGUGUGCGAGACCCUCGAGCCGGUGAUUGGGGUGAAGGCCAAGGAGGACAUUGGACAGGCCCUGGUGCUGCUGAUGCAUGCCCAGGGAUUGGCCGGCGCCUUCCUCACCGAUGUGGUGGCCCUCGACCUGCUGCGCGUGGGCGACCAGAGGCUGACGUUUAGGGGCAACUCACUGGCCACCAAGAGCAUGGAGGCAUUCCUCAAGCUGACGGGCGAACAGUAUCUGCAGGACACCCUGUCGGCGCCCAUCAACGAGCUGAUUCAAUCGGAGCGGGACUGCGAGGUGGAUCCCACGAAGGCGAGCGGUUCGUCGGCGGGCUCGCUGCAGCGUCAGCAGGCCGCCCUGCGCGGCGCUGUGCGGGGGGCGUGGCAGUGCAUCUUUGAGUCGCACAAGCACUUUCCCGCCCAGCUGCGCAAUUGCUUUGCCACGUUCCGGGAGCGCUUGCAGCAGCUGGGCCGCCAGGACAUGGCCGACAACCUGAUCUCGGCGAGCAUCUUCCUGCGCUUCCUGUGCCCGGCCAUCCUGUCGCCGUCGCUGUUCAACAUCACCACCGAACUGCCAUCGGCGCGGGCCACACGCAACCUCACGCUGGUGGCCAAGACGCUGCAAACGCUGGCCAACUUCACCCGCUUUCAGGGCAAGGAGAACUUCAUGGAGUUCCUCAACGAUUUCCUCGAAGCGGAGGCCGACCGGAUGCAGCAGUUUCUCGAGAUAAUAUCCACGCGACCGGAGCACCCGGCCCCCGAUUCGAUACUCGACUGGGCUGGCUACAUUGACCAGGGCAAACAGCUGUCCAUCCUCCACACGCUGCUCAGCGAGAGUCUGGCCAAGCUGCCGGAGGCCAGGCAGCACGAACUGGACCCCCUGCAGCACAUUCUGGACGAGAUUAGCCGGGCCAAGGAGCAGGGCUCGGGCACAGCGCUGCCCGGUGGCUAUCUGCCGGCCACAUCCGCCUCCUCCACGCACUCGAUAGCCAGCGAGAAUCAGGAGAAUCGCAAUCCGGGCUCGGCGGCCCCGCAUGCGGGCUCCAAUCCGGAGCAGUUGCUGCCGCAGCAAAGCCAGUUGGCCCAGCCGCAGCAUGCGAUUGUUAGCAAACCCUUGUCGGCGGAGCGUGGCAUAAUGCGAGGUGUACUCACGCCGAAUUCCCUGGAGAAGAAUAUCUUUCGUUACAAUGAUCCCACGGUUAAUGGUUUUCUCCAGCAGCAGCAGCAGCAGCAGCAGCAGCAGCAACAACAGCAGCAACAGCAGCAGCAACUGCAACAACAACAGCAUCCGCACCACCAGCAUCCCCUACAGCUGCUAUCCAAUUCGCAAACGUCCAUUGCCGGCGGCAAUCAGUAUAUGAGUUCGCCGGGUGGCCUGCAGCAUGCCCAAUCGCAGACCUCGAUGGCAUCCUCAUCGAUUAAUGGCAGCAUCAGCAAUCUGCUGCAUGGCCACCAUCCGCAGCAACAGAUGCAGCUGCAUCCACAUUCUCAGCCACAGGCACAACCACAUCCACAUGCGCAUCACUGCCCGCCGGCGCCGCAGACGAGUGCCUCCAGCACCAUGGAGCGGAUGGAGCGGAUGAACUAUCCGUAUUUGGCGCACAAUGGCAACGACUACGAGUCCAACACGACGCCAUCCAGCACUCGCUCCAAGACACUGCCACGCAACGGGAAUGGAAAUGGAAAUGGCAAUGGCAAUGGCAACGGUAUUGGAAUCCAAUCCAAUGGCAAUGGCAACAUGAGCAGCAAUAACAACCAGAGUGGCAGCUACGACGACAUGCACGGCGAGUUCCAGAUCCAGAUAUCGGGGCUGGAUACGAGCAGUGCCUUUGUGUGCAAGUCACCCACGCCCAUGAUGAAAUCCAGUUUGGGUCCAGCUGGGGCGGCACGAGGCGGCCACCACAAGCUGAACCUGGGCAUACCCGAUCAUUCGGUUGGCUAUGUGCGGGGCGGCGGUGGCAGCAGCCUCAAUCCCAACUCGAAUAUGCCCAAGAAUCUGGAGGAUCUCGACGAUCUGUUCAAGUAUGCCGAGGAGCAUGAUGUAGCGGAGCCGGCUAACCAUCAUUUGCACAGCCAGAGUGCUCACCAGAGUGGCCAACAGAGUGGUCACCAGAGUGGUCACCAGAGUGGUCACCACAAGCCCGCUGGUGUGCCCGGCAAGGAGCAGCUGUCGGCGAAGAGCAGCCACUGCAGCUCCGGCUACCAGAGCAUCUCCACCAAUCCCUCGCCCUCGCAGUCCUCCAGUCCCGUGGAGAGCCAGCUGAAGGCCGCGAUGGGCAGUCACAAUGCGCCGCUGGCCUUCAAGAAUCCCUCCUACCAGCUGCAGCAGCCCCCAACGGGCUCGUCCCGUUCUUCGGCUGCAGCUAAUCCCCACCAGCAACAGCAGCAGCAGCAACAGCAGUUUGGUAGCCGCCUGAAACCCAUUGGCGGUGGCUUAGUGGCCGCCAGGGCGGCGUUCCUCAAUAGCGGCGGAGCGUUGGAGGUGGCGGCCACCCUGACGCCCAGUUCCUCGGAUGAACAGCUGUCGGGGGACAACUACUUCAGCUAUGCAGCGGCGGCGGCGGCCGGAGCGGGCAUGUCCACCAAGCUGGAGGCCCAACGCUCGCUCAGCGGCGGCAGCAGCUCCUCCACCUCGGCCUCGGCGGCAUCCACCUCGAAUCUGGGCAAGAGCGCUGGCUCCUCCGCCUACGGUCGGCUGAAUGGGCCGCUCAAACGGGAGGAUGUCUAUGGCAGUGGUUACGGCGGCAGCAGCGGCAAUGUCGGAUAUGGCCUCUCCACUUCCAGUGUGGCUGCAGCCCAUCAGCAGCAUCAACAGCAUCAGCCGCAUCAGCAGCUCCAGCUGCAGCAGCAUCAGCAGCAAAGGGAAAGGGAACGGGAUAGGGAUAGGGAUAGGGAGCAGGAACUGAAGCAGUACGCAGGCAGUGUUUCGGGCAGUGUGGGAUCGGCCAAUUCGGCGGCCCAGAGGCGUCUGAGUUUGGAUUCGGCACGCACGCUCUCCGACAGCAGCACGGAUACGGAGGGACACUGCAAUCAACUGCAGGAGGGCAAGCGACGCAGGCAGUUGCGCAGCAGUGGCGGCAGUGGCAGUGGCAGCGGCGGAGGAGGAGGAGGAGGAGCCGGUUCGGAACAGGGACUGGGCAAGAGCUAUGACCAGAACGGGGAGAUCCAGCUGCUGCAACAGACGCUGGACACGCUCCGGCACACACUCGACCGGGACGAGGCGGAGCUGCGCGACUCCAGUGACGAGCUGUUCGGCCUCCAGCGACCAGCGGGCAGCGCCGGCAGCAACGGGUCCAACAAUCUCAGCCUGCAGUCGGAGUCCACCAUGCGCAGCAUCAUCGACAGACUCAUCACCAUGGAGGAGGAGCUGCGCCGCGAGCAGCUGAAGAUGUCGCUGGCGCUGUCGCACAAGCAGCGCGUGAUCGAGGAGCAGGGCCAGCAGAUCGCGGCACUGGACGCGGCCAAUAGCCGGCUGUUGAGCGCCCUGACCGCCCUGCGCCAGCGGUACGAGACCCAGCAGCAGCAGCAACAGCAGCAGCAGCACCAAGCACCACCAAAGACCCAGAAGCCGCAGUGAGCGGAUGGGGGAGGAAGGGUAGAGAUCGGAGGAGGAUUGCAAGGAGACCGGAACCGGAACCGAGACCUUGGCUAACUGACGGGUGGCAUCUUUGUUGUACACAACAUGCAAACUUAUGGACACCGUCGCGGUUCUGUCUUAAGGAUACCUUUUUGUUUAUUUUUUUUUAGCUAUUUUUUUUGUAUGCUACAUAAAUUAUACUACAUGUUUAAUAUAUAAUUACACACAUAACAAACAUACAUUAUAAAUAAUUUCUCAAUCUUAUGUUUAAAAACAAAAACGAAAUGUGAAAACGCAACUGCAAAAGCAGUAAGAUAAACCGCAGAAGUACGGAGCAUGGAAGUGAAGAAGAAACAAGAACAAGUUAAGAUAAUGAAUAAAAUUAUAACCAAAGUUAGACAAAAA